AUGACAGAUGCUGGGAAUCUCCUAUCUCUGUCCCCAAACAUCACUAAUGACUCGAACUUAUCACCAAAUAUUCAAGAUACAGAGUAUAGAUUGCACCUAUGGGAAAAUGACCCUCUGAAGAGAAGUUUGGAAUCAUCAUCAAAGCCAUUGAAGGGAAUACCUGAGAGUCAGGUUUUACAAGAUCCUGCCGUGCCUUCAGUCCAGAGGAGAAAGCUAGACCCACUCCCAAAGCAGCACAGGCAUCUUAGGAAGGGUUUAAGGACAAAGAGAAUGAGAAAGAGCAAGAAGGAGGAGCACAUGGAGGCCCAAUGCCCCCCCCCCCCACUUCUAACACCUUCAGCACCACCACAAAACGAAGAUAAGAGUAUAAAUAAGAAGCCAACCCUACUUAGUACCCAGGAAGAUGGUCCAGACCUUCCCAGUGAGGACAGAUUACAGAGCCAACAGGAUGAGGGUGCCUGCGUGACACAUCAGGAAUAUCAGAUCCAGCCCUGUGAGCUCUCAGUGGUCCUGGGGUCUGGACCCUCUUCUCCUGCAGCGGCAUCCUGGGCAUCACCACCCCUUUGCUUUGGUCGCUUCUUCAGCUGUGUCUGCCAGACCUUCUCAAGGUCUAGGAAGCGGAAGCCUCCCAGAAGAAAGGACAACCACCAAGCUGAGGCAGGAGACGAUGCUGAGGCUGUGAGACCUGGCCUGGAGGGGUCUGUCUGGACAAAAACAAUGCGCAGCCUCACCAAAGCCUGUAAAUAAACCUCCACAACUGAAGGCAAACCAUAAGUGUUUCUGCCUUGGAUUUAUUAGGAGGAAGAGUGCCUAGUGGUUGGAACCUCAUGACUUCUCUUGGCAAUGAAGUGCUCACUAUCGCCUGAAGCAUGCUGGAUCUUAUCAAGUCCUCUGCACACUGGCCUGCUCAGAUGUCCUGACAUGUAUCAUAUCCAAGCUCCAUUCCUUCUUCUCCUGCCUUUACUGAUCUAAGAUAGGACUGAAGGUAGUUCUUUGAGGUCAGAUAUGUUGUUUCAA